UUAGACUUGCCUCUCUUUCAAGAUGGAUUUCCUUCAUAGGAAUGGAGUGCUCGUUAUUCAGCAUUUGCAGAAGGACUACCGAGCUUACUACAAUUUUCUAAAUUUUAUGUCCAAUGUUGGUGAUCCCCGGAAUAUCUUUUCUAUUUAUUUUCCACUUUGGUUUCAACUUAAUCAGACAGUUGGAACCAAGAUGAUAUGGGUAGCAGUCAUUGGGGAUUGGUUCAAUCUUAUUUUUAAAUGGAUAUUGUUCGGUCAUCGGCCUUACUGGUGGGUCCAAGAAACUCAGAUUUAUCCAAAUCAUUCAAGUUCAUGCCUCGAACAGUUCCCCACUACAUGUGAAACAGGUCCAGGAAGUCCAUCUGGCCAUGCAAUGGGCUCAUCAUGUGUCUGGUAUGUCAUGGUAACAGCUGCCCUGAGCCACACUGUCAGUCGGAUGGAUAAGUCGUCUACCACUCUGCACAGACUGACCUGGUCAUUUCUUUGGAGUCUUUUUUGGUUGAUUCAAAUCAGUGUCUGCAUCUCCAGAGUAUUCAUAGCAACACAUUUUCCUCAUCAAGCUAUUCUUGGAGUAAUUGGUGGCAUGCUUGUGGCAGAGGCUUUUGAGCACACUCCAGGCAUCCAAACAGCCAGUCUGAGCACAUACCUGAAGACCAACCUCUUCCUCUUUCUGUUUGCACUGGGCUUUUACCUGCUUCUCAGACUGCUUGACAUUGACCUGCUGUGGUCUGUGCCCAUAGCCAAGAAGUGGUGUGCCAACCCGGACUGGAUCCACAUUGACACCACACCUUUUGCCGGACUCAUGAGAAACCUUGGGGUGCUCUUUGGCUUGGGCUUUGCAAUCAACUCAGAGAUGUUCCUUAGGAGCUGCCGAGGGGAAAAUGGCUACAAGCUGAGCUUUCGGCUGCUUUGUGCUGUGGUCUCGUUGAUCACACUGCAGCUCUACCAUUUCAUCAAGAUCCCCACUCAUGCAGAGCAUUUAUUUUAUGUGCUGUCUUUCUGUAAAAGUGCAUCCAUCCCACUGACUGUGGUUGCUCUGAUUCCCUACUGUAUUCAUAUGUUAAUGAAACCAAGUGAAAAGAAGAUUAAUUAGAGUUGUACAGGGAGUUAGUGCUCUGUGGCCCCAGCCUGACACUCCUGUUCCAUCCUCCAGCAGAACCACGGGAAGGGGGAGACUGGAGGCUUCCAAGCAGAGGUCACAAAAUGGCAGCCACUGGCCCCAUCCCACUAUACCUAUGUUUAGUUUGGCCUUCACAGUGGUCUCCCUCCACCCCAAUUUAAAUUAGUUGCCAACAUUUGAAAACCAGAAUAUUUGGCAUAAAAGUCUGAACUGUGUUUUCUUGAAAAAUCUGACAAUAUGGCACCUCAGGACCUGCAUUCCCUCCUGGAAACAAUCUACUGUUAUUGACUGUCCCUAGUAAGAAGCAGUAUUCUCUAUUUUCUCACAGUCUUUAGCACCCCAACAGGAGCCUCAGUAUCAGUUGUCAUUACUAUAAGAAGGUCAGGGUGCUUAUGGUUCCUGUGGGCAUUUUAGUGGGAGCCCCCCUCAAAUCCAAUCCCUUCGGUUUUCAGAUAAGGAGAGGGAAAUUCAUUCAGGAGAAAAAACUUGCUGUUGUCACACCACUGUCAGAACAGGAAUUAGAACCCAAGUCUUCUGACAUAUAUUUCCAUUACACUGUUUUGUUUCUUCAUUUUUAAGAAGUAAAAAUCUGUAAGAGUGAAUGCUUCUGUGAUGAUUGCCAUGUAAAUCAGCUGUUUUUCCAGAAAUGUCAUUAAAAUGCCACAACCUGUUUGACUCACACCAUGCAGGGUGUUGAUGGGGCCAGCGAUGGCUCUAGAUGUGGCUACAUAUCCAGGGGAAAGGGGUCAGGUUACUGUAUAGACUUGAACCUCUGCUUAACUCCUGGUCUCUUUUUGCAGUAGUGCUUUCCAGUGUCAAUAAAUGCUGCUGAAGAUGCUCUGCUCAGAACAUUAUUUACCAGUCUUUCAAAACCAAGAAAAUCAAGUCCUUUCCUCAAGGUCAUGUUCCAACCCAAGAAAACUAUUAAUUGCAUCUAUCUAUUCGGGUUAAUCUCUAUGUAUACUGAGCUGUGAUGAAAAAUCUAUAGCUUUACUUUAGAGAAUUAUUAUUGAAAGAAUAUUAAUAUUAUACUGAGAAUUUCUCAACAAGAGUUUUUCCCCCCCUUUUUCCUUUCAUUGUGUCUAGUAAUUCGGGACUUUAAAUUGAUAAGUAUGUCAUUCCAAUCAGGUACAUUUUGAGUCAGACUUUGCUACACAUCUUAGUUGCCUGUGGUCCACUACAGUGUUUUAUGUAACUCUACUCAAAAAUAUAAAUAUGUGAAUUAUUUCAGAUGAUAUAAUAAACCAUCCAUAAGUAUUUAUGAAAACUUAACAGUUCAAGUAAGUACUAGUUGGCAAAACAUUAGUUGAGGGUAACAAAAACUCGAAAAAUCAAAGAUUUUCCUCAAAAGGAAAUUAUUGUUUCCUCUUGUAGAUGUAUUUAUAGAGUAUAUGCUGUUGCUUUUACAAAACACACAUAAAAGUUUUGGGUUUUUUUAAUGUUUAUUUAUUUUUGAGAGAGAGACAGACAGAGAGUCAGCAGGGAAGAGACAGAGAGAGAGGGAGACACAAAUCUGAAGCAGGCUCUGGGCUCUGAGCUGUCAGCACAGAGCCCGACACUGGGCUUGAACUCACGAACCAUGAGCUCAUGACCUGAGCUGAAGUCAGAUGCUUAAGUGACUGAGCCACCCAGGUGCCUCACAGCUUUGUUUUUAAAGGUAAUUGAACUUGGUUUCAGUGGUCAGGUGAUUCCUAAGCAAGAAGCUGAGGGAUGAAGAAAGAUCAUCUUAAGAAUGAAAUUUGUCUCGUGUUGAAGGGACAUUCGGGGUGAAAGAGAAAAGAAUGGUUCUUAAGGUAAUGACUUCUGGUUGUUGGUUCAAGCCCCUCUGCCCCAGUGUUGCCCUUAGAAGUUCAUUUCAGCCCUUUGACCCUUUUCAAUACGUGUGUCUCAUCCAGUACUCUCCUGCACUUGCCAAAGAGCUCACUGCUCUCAGGACCCCUUUGUCAAAGUUUCAUUUGAGAUUAAUAAUGUUAGGUUGGAGGAAUCUUCCAUCCCAACACAGUCUCAGACUGCUUCUCACCAAGCCUGGGGAAAACUGGGGCAUUAACAGCCAGGGGCUGCUGCUCCAAUGCUCACUCCACCAUACAUCCCUCCUCGGUUCCCAGAGAGAAGCACUCCCCAGGCACCCAUAGUGAGCGCCCUCUGUUGGGUGACACUUGACCCUCAGAAGGGGAAUAGGAUGAGGUGUGGGUUCAUUUACUAUAAUUAAUCGCCAACAAGUCCACCCUAUCUGCCAUCAGGCUGAAAGUCCCCAUGUGAUGAGAUUUCCCUUUUUACUCUAGUUGAAGUCUCCUGGAGGGAUCCAUAUGGUGGCAAAUUGCUUCUGCAAUGGAAACUGCUUAGGCAGCAAGAGGAACAGCUUCUCACAGCCUUGGAGAAAAUGCCUCCCUUUAAUAAUGAUGGAAAAGACUCUUCUGCUUCCAAUUUAUUUGCUAAACGUAAGUGGAAUUGAGCUCAUUUGACUCACUGUUACUAUAUCCAUAUAUUCAAAAUGUCUACACAUCUACAUAUUCAGGAGAAAAAUGUCAAUAUUAUGAGCUCUCAGGAUGAGAAAAUCAAGACAAGCGACUUGAGAGACUGCCCAAUCAAACACACAUUUGAAAAGAGAAGCCAAGUAAUUUAUUAUUGCCGAAACUAGCUUUCAAGAUGAGUGUUGAAUCCCUUUUCUCUGACAACCUAUUGAUUGGACAUCUGCAUUAGGUUAAAUUGGACCUUCUCUAGAUCUAUUUGAGUAUAACAGAAGAGAGAGUUUUAAAAAUGCAUUAUAAGAUGCCCUUGAAAGUUAUAUCUGUAAAUAAAUGCUUUAUAUUUAUUCACAAUCUGUAAAUAAAUUCAAGAUCAAAUUGGUACAUACAGAUACAAAAAACCUUGGUAUAAGAAAAAGUCAAAGACUUGGUUUUAAAAUGUGACUCUUAAGUAUUGUAAAACCAUACAUUCUAGCACUCUUCAACUGAACUUUUUACAAUAACGGAAAGCCACUAGCCACGUGUGGCUCUUGGGCUUU